AUGGUCGAGUCAACAGAGGAAUCGGUGGUGUUUCCGGUGAUAUUAUACAACGGCGAACGUGAAACGGACGUCGGCAGCAUUAAGAUUCACAACUCCCUUGAUUUCAAGCAAUUUCAGAUGAUGUUGAAGGAAACCAUCGGAAUUUCGUAUAACAAUCUAACAACUUACUUGGUCGACAGCGAUAAAUCCAAAAUCCCAUCGGAACGACGGAAGAUUCUGAUCACAGGUAAGGUUAACUUCUCUGUUCUUGUUCGAGAGAGGAAUUGUUACUUCCUUGUGGUGUUGAAACGUUCACGAAGAGAUCGCCGGAGGAAACUUAACAAACAGAGUGGUUUAGAGUACGGUUUUGCAAUCGCUCCGUCGAUUUCUCCGGAGUAUUUAUUGCAUCUGCGACGGAAUCCGAUUGAUUUAAUCGACGAACAAAUGUUGUCUGUAUACGGAAUCGGUUCGUACGAAUUCCAGAUGCAGAAAGAGAGUUACAUAAACGCGGUUCAGAACUGGAAUCAUGUAAUCUAUCCGCCGCUAAACGCGGCCAUUUACGGCGGAAGGAGUCGAGCAUUAUGCAAGGAUUGUGCUAAGGCGGAGAAGCAGGGGACGAAGGUGGCGUUUCACUUUUGUGUUUACGACGACGUGGUUGAAGGUGGUUUCCGGUCGCCGGUGGGUCCGAUAUCUCGUCCUUGUUGA